CUCGCCGGGUGGCAAUCAAUCAUUUCAUCGACGGCGCGUGGAGAGGAGAGAGCGGACGGAGCGGGCGUACCGUCCCGGCGCAUAGGAUGGGCGGCGUGUCGUCGUCGUCUUCAUCGUCGAAGAGGCGGCCCAAGGUCAAGCGCGCGCCGGGGUACGAGGACCCCGCCGUGCUCGCCGCCCAGACCUCAUUCACGGUGAACGAGGUGGAGGCGCUGUACGAGCUCUACAAGACGCUCAGCUUCUCCGCCAUCAAGGAUGGCCUCAUCCACAAGGAGCAGUUCCGGCUCGCCUUGUUCAGGAACAGCAGAGGAUCAAAUCUCUUCGCGGACAGGGUGUUCGAUAUGUUUGAUCUCAAGCGAAACGGGGUGAUCGAGUUCGGGGAGUUCGUGCGAUCGCUCAGCACAUUCCACCCAAAAGCAUCGGAAUCAGAGAAGACUAAGUUUGCAUUCAAGUUAUAUGAUUUAAGAGGCACAGGUUACAUCGAGAAGGAAGAGCUCAAGGAGAUGGUCUUGGCGCUUCUGGGUGAGUCGGACCUAUCUCUUUCAGACACCGCUGUGAAGGAGAUCGUUGACAAUACAUUCAAUCAAGCCGACUCGAAUGGCGAUGGUAGGAUAGACCCACAGGAGUGGGAGGAGUUUGUCAAGAAGAACCCAGCGUCACUGAGGAACAUGUCGCUCCCGUAUCUCCAGGACAUUACCACAGCAUUUCCGAGCUUUGUAAUGCAUUCAGAAGUCGAAGAUUAGAGCAGAUCAACAAACAGGAAAGGCAUGAUCAUUGGUGUGAUAUGGACGGUUGAGCUAAGGCACUCCCAAGCAGUCAACACAAAUAGGAGAAUAGAACGAAUUCUGAUAGCGGGAAAGCUUCAGAUGAUCACAAGACAAUGACUUCUGGUUAGAGGGGGUAAACAACGAGAAUCAAGACUAUAGAAACUACUUGUUGGAGGUUAAUGCGAUGACCACCAUGUGAAAAUAUUAGCCAUGGCUACUUCCCGAACAGGGCAAAAGAAAAGCGCGGUCUGUGACUUCAACCCCCCGUAAAAUUAUCAUUAUUUACUUUCUUAUAAUUCUAUGUAGAGGCACACAUUGUUCAUGUAGUAAGUUAUUGACACCAAAAAAUAUAAUCGAGGUGUCCGCCCAA